AUGGCCGUCAUCAAGAUCAACACCCCCGAGGAGUACGCCGAGAAGGUGACCAACGCCCCCGGCAACGUCGUCGUUGACUUCUUCGCCACCUGGUGCGGUCCCUGCAAGGCCAUCAGCCCCGCCAUCGAGAAGCUCAGCGAGCAGAACCCCACCGUCGCAUUCUACAAGGUCGACGUCGAUGAGCUCGCCUCCGUCGCUGCCGAGAACGCUGUCUCUGCCAUGCCCACUUUCCACUUCCGCAAGGGUGGCGAGAAGAUCGGCGAGGUCAAGGGUGCCAACCCUUCCGCCAUCCAGGCUGCUUUCCAGAAGCUCCUCGAAUAA